UCGCACAUGCGCGGUGAGAGUGACUGCGCAUGCUCACUGUGUGCUCUGUGGUAAGCCAGGGAAUGUGUAGCUAGCUCGAGGAGUUUUGAGCUUUAAUAUUCUCGACCCUCGGGUGCCUGGUAUAGGCAAGAAGCCUUUUUUUAAAACCCAAUUUUAAAUUGUAAUUGAAAAUGUCCGUGUUCUCGGAGCCUGCUUUGGAGAAGAAAUUAUCAGAACUGAGUAAUUCGCAGCAGAGCGUGCAAACCCUUUCACUGUGGCUCAUCCACCACAGAAAACACUCCAAAACCAUCGUCAAAGUCUGGUAUAACGAGCUGAAGAAAGCCCAGGUGUCCCGUAAGCUCACUUUCCUGUAUCUUGCAAAUGAUGUCAUACAGAAUAGCAAGAGGAAAGGUCCAGAGUUCACACAUGAUUUUUCCCCAGUUAUCGUUGAUGCUUUCAAACACGUGUCAAGUGGAGGAGACGAGAGUUGUCAGAAACAGUUAGGUAGAGUUCUGUCCAUCUGGCAGGAAAGAGCUGUCUAUGAGAAGAACAUACUGGACAAACUCUCUGAUGUCCUGCAGGUAGAAAAGAAGGCCAAGAAAAGGCCUUAUGAAGAGAUUAAGGUGAACGAUGAUGACUUCGCCUCCCAAAGCUCCCCUGCUGAACCUCCACAGACUGCUGAACUGAUCCGAGCACUACAGGAGCUUGAAAACGCAGCUUCCAGCGAUGCAGCUCUCCGCCAGAGGAUCUCUGCUCUACCCCAAGAGGUGCAGGACACCUCCCUAUUGCACAAAGUUACAGAUAAAGAGUCAGGGGGGCGUCUUUCUCGGUUGGUGGAAGAGGCCUGCAUGCUUCUAGCUGACUACAGUGGGCGGCUGGCAGCAGAGAUCGAUGAUCGGCGGCAACUCACACGCACUCUUGCCGUCUUUUUGCAGAGUCAGAGAAAUGGCCUGGCCCAGAACGAGCAGAAACUAGAAGAAUACAAGCGCAAACUGGCCCGGGUGUCCCAGGUACGGAAGGAGCUGCGGUCUCGUCUCAGCGGUCUCCCAGACCUCUCUCGGCUCCCUAAUGUAACAGGUAGCCAUGUCCGCCUGCCCUCCUCUGGUGAUCUUUACAGCCCCUCUGAUUGUAUGUCCUCAGGUGAGAUGAAAGAUGGUAAGCACUGUCACGAUCAUAACUUUGCCCUGGAGGACCGAGAGCGUGAAAAAAAGCUUGCCAAGAAACGCCUGUACAUUGUUUCAGUAGUGUGUCUGGUCUUCAUAGUGGGCGAGAUCUUAGGUGGGUAUUUUGCAGGAAGUCUGGCAGUGAUGACAGAUGCCGCCCACCUGCUUGUGGACCUCACCAGCUUCAUCAUCAGUUUGUGCUCGCUGUGGCUGUCGUCCAGACCGGCUACACUCACUCUCAAUUACGGCUGGCAUCGAGCAGAAAUCUUGGGUGCUCUGUUUUCUGUUUUCACAAUUUGGCUGGUGACUGGUGUGCUAGUAUAUCUAGCAGUGGAACGGAUCAUUCAUGAUGACUUCACUAUUGACGGAACAAUCAUGCUGAUCACCUCUGGCUGUGCUGUACUGGCCAACAUCAUAAUGGCCUUCACUCUGCAUCAGUCAGGUCAUGGCCAUAGUCACGGUGGUCUGAGCGGCGGCCAUAGUCACGACCAUGGGAAGGAAAAAGGCCACAGUCACGACCAUGGGAAGGAAAAGGGCCACAGUCACGACCAUGGGAAGGAAAAGGGCCACAGUCACGACCAUGGGAAGGAAAAGGGCCACAGUCACGACCAUGGGAAGGAAAAUGGCGACAAUGGCAACAAUGGUCAUUCUAACGCUAACCAUUGUGAGGUAGAGGUGAAUGGAUCUGGUAAAAGACAACAAGCUAAUGCUAGCGUCAGGGCAGCAUUCGUCCAUGUGAUCGGAGACCUUCUACAGAGUGUCAGUGUGUUUGUCAGUGCGCUCAUCAUCUUUUUUAAGCCUGAAUAUAAAAUUGCAGAUCCCAUCUGCACCUUCCUGUUUUCUCUAUUUGUCCUGGGCACCACAUUCACUAUUAUGAGGGACAUAAUUAUCGUCCUAAUGGAAGGUACACCGGCUGGUGUGAACUAUAAUGAGGUGAGAGAACGACUGCUCAGAGUCAAAGGUGUCAAAGCUGUGCACAACCUUCACAUAUGGGCCCUGACAAUGAACCAGGCUGUGUUCUCUGCUCAUGUGGUUAUAGAUGAUACAGUAGAGCCACGGGCGGUGUUGAGAGAAAUGACCCAGGGCUGUUUCACAACAUACAGUUUCCAUUCAGUAACCAUUCAACUGGAGCAUCAGGUGGACCAGAGGACUGACUGCAGCCUCUGUCAAGACCCCACAAAGUGAAACAUCCAGAGUUUUUAGUUUAAAGGGAUACUCCACCCCAAAAUUAAAAUUUUGUCAUUAAUCACUUACCACCAUGUUGUUUUCUAAACCCGUAAAAGCUUCGUUCAUCGUCGGAAACACAAUUUAACAUAUUUUGAAUGAAAACCAGGUUU